AAAAAAAAAAAUACAAUUUAUAUACAUUUAGGGCUUUUUGGAGAACAAUGACAAAACAUUACUCAUGCCUCUCUUUAUUAACGCAAACCAGUCUGACUUGAAUUGGCAAGUCACAUAAUAAUAGCAGGUACCUGCCUUGUACAGGUCAUAAUCAUAUUAACGAAUCCACCGGCUAGACAGGACUGCCAAAUAUCUGUGUCUUCAUUGAUAAACUGGUUCUAAACUGUUACUGGACUAGCUGGUAAUUGAAGGCUGCGCCCUAGUUUGUGUCCAAUCAGAGACAAUCUGCCACGGAAUGAAUAAAACAGCAAUGCGUAAACAAGAACUGGAAAGUCCUCCGCCCCCUUCCCCAUAUCAUCUCAAAUGAAAGCAGUUCCGUAUUCCGUGCCGCUGCUACAACCAUCACUUUCAAUAGCGCAAAUUCGUUUAAGCCUCUUUGUAAAAAUCAAUGCGCAUCAUCGACAUGGACCCAUCAUGCGUAGAAGGUCUGUCUUAAAGGCAUGUUGAAUUACCAAUGAUGUCAUGAAGAACGAGAAGGCCAGGGGCCCUUCAGCAGAACACUGCAGUUGAGCCACAGAGUGGCUGAAUCUCCAUUCUUCCUUCAUCCUUACGCCAUCUGUUUUCCCUCCAUCCCCACUUUGGUAACUUGACAAUGACAUCACAUAGGAAACACCUGGUGAGGGACUUCAACCAUUUCAUCACCUGUUAUGUCUGUAAAGGGUACCUGAUCAAGCCCACCACUGUGACAGAGUGCCUGCACACCUUUUGUAAAAGCUGUAUAGUCCAGCAUUUUGAGGACAGCAAUGAUUGCCCAAAAUGUGGUAUCCAGGUUCAUGAAACGAAUCCCUUGGAGAUGUUAAGGCUGGACAACACUCUAGAAGAAGUCAUAUUCAAACUUGUGCCUGGUCUUAGAGAAAAGGAACAGCAGCAAGAAGUUGAAUUUUGGAGAAGAAACAAAUCGAAAGAAAAUCCUGAUGAGGAUGGCCCUAUAUGUAAGAAAGCCCGAAUAGAUGAAGAGGAUGAUGAUAAAGGUGAUGGAGACUACCACAGGAGUGAUCCUCAGAUAGCCAUCUGUCUAGACUGCUUGCGUAACAAUGGACAGAUGGGAGAGAACAUUGUUAAGGGUUUAAUGAAAAAAUUUAUUCGCUGCUCAACAAGAGUGACUGUUGGAACAAUUAAGAAGUUUUUAAGUCUGAAGUUAAAGCUUCCCAGUUCUUAUGAGCUAGACGUUCUAUGCAAUGGUGAGAUCAUGGGUAAAGACCACACCAUGGAAUUCAUCUACAUGACCCGCUGGAGGCUUCGGGGAGAAAAUUUCGAGGCAGGCUUUUCAGAGAGACUGAAAAUAAAAGAUGAUGCAGUGCCAACUACAUUGGAUCAGACAGUAAUGUCCCAACACACAAGUGUAUACCCAAUGGUACUUGAAUAUCGACCACGCAUUGACUUUGGCUAAGUUGAAAUACCCUGCACUAAUUUCAGCUUAUGAACAGACAGCGAAUUGAAUGGACAUGUCCAGUUCUGAAGAUGUGCUCUACCCGUCUCUUCUGUUUAGUUUCAUUAGUUUAGUUCUUGUGAAAAGACUGUCACUUACAACAUUGUAAUUUACAGGUAUGUCUCUUCCUGUGUUGUGGUUUAUUUACCAAAGUGACACAAAAGUCAUGGCCUUCAGCAAUUUGCAUAUGAUGGUAGCUCCCUUUGAAAAUGUCACAUGAUAUAAAAAUCUCAAGAAUAUGCGGCAGUGCCUUUUCCAUUACAUCAUUUUAUGAAGAGCUUCUGACAGAUGUUGAGUUUAUAAAGAGUUGUUUUUUACAGGAUUUUUUCCUUUUGUGUUCCAUGGAUUAAACAAGUUCUACAGGUUUUGAAAAACAUGAGAAUGAGUGACAGAAUGUGAAUUUUUAGGUCAUUUUUUUAAGUGGUAGGCUCCUGAUGUUUAAAGCUUCUGGGCUUGAUCAGAACCUCAAAUAUCCGAUAAGGGUUUUAAGCUAGUCUGUUUUUGAUUUUGUCAACUUAAGGGGUUUUAUUUAUUAUAGGCCACCUCUUUGCUCAAAAAAUGCCAUUUCUUUUGAAGGUUUUGGUGACUUAUCUGCAUAUGUGCCUAUAUGUGUUUAAUAUGAAUUAAACUUGGAUAAACACAUCUAAUAGAGGUUUUACAGUCAUCAUACUUCCCUGGCAUCCUAACUGAGAAAGAAUUUAGUUUACCAUUGUGUCUUUGUUUUGGUUUAUGGCUGGCAGGCAAUGAGUUAAACACUUCCUCACAAUUUGUAAUACUCUGGCUUGGUUUUUUGGAUUUAUAGAAACAUGGGUAUAAUGUUCAUAAUUGCUGUCUUAAAUCAAAGCUUUUGAGUCAUGCUUGCCUGUUUUAAUGUCAGAAUAAAUCCUGAAUCAAGUAGUCCAAAGAAAGUAAUGUCAAAGCAAAGGAAGAACUCUUAGUUUAUUCUUGCAAUAUAGAAUUAAGGGAUUUGCUGGGCCUCAUUACAGUAUUAGACUGGUCAUAUUACACCAAAGACACUACAGCAUCUGACCACAUGGGAUACAGGCUAAAAACUGUUUGCCUUGCCUUACAACUAUACUCACAAACAAAGGCCAUGUGUCAAAGAUAAAGCUUGAAUUUCUGAGCAUGGAACAAAACUACCUAAUUUGUUCAAAAAAAAAUUUUUUCCCCAGUAUAUUUGUAUUUUUUUUUUUUAAUGUCUUAACAAAUCUCCCUGAAAAAUUUACUUCUGAUAAAAUCACACACAUUUGAUGGAGUUCCAGUAAAAAAUCUUAAGCAACAAUCAAGGUCCUUAUAAAAAAAAAAAAAAUUUUUUAAAUUGUUUUCACAUUUAAAAAAAGGUGACUUUGAAAUGCCGGUAUAAAAUAUUGUGUUUAAGUGGAAGACUAAUAAUAUUUGUUUAGAAUAGACCCUUGAAUUUCCUUGUACUGCAACAAUGAACAUGUAUUUUUGUAAGAAGCCCUUGUAGAUAUUUUAUCUUUAAAAAUGGAAAUUUCAAUUCAAUUUAAUUAUAAAAUGGAAUUGUAUGUUGUAUGUUUAACAAACAUGAAAUGCUGCUUAGAAUAUUCUAUUUUUUAAUGUAAAGUCCCUGAGGUGAUUCCUAGACAUUAGAAAUGUAUAUAACAUAUGACCGUUAUUGUAUUUGUGUGUCUUUGUUCAGAAGAAAAUACACUCAUGAAUGUUGAAGA